CUGCAGAUCACACCUAGCGAGUGAAUGGCUGUGGAAAAUGACUCUUCAGUGGCAGAGUUUAUUUUUAUGGGACUAACAGACCAACCUGAGCUCCAACUGCCCCUCUUUUUCCUGUUUUUGGUGAACUAUGUGAUCACCAUGGUGGGCAACUUGAGUUUAAUUAAUCUAAUUUGCCUGAAUUCACACCUUCACACCCCCAUGUAUUUUUUCCUUCUCAAUCUGUCCUUCAUUGAUCUCUGCUAUUCAUUUGUCUUUACCCAAAUGCUGCUGAGCUUUAUUUCAGAGAGAAACAUCAUCUCCUUUCCAGGAUGCAUGACUCAGCUCUUUUUCUUCUGCUUUUUUGUCAACUGCGAGUGCUUCGUGCUGACAGCCAUGGCCUAUGAUCGCUAUAUGGCCAUCUGCAAACCCCUUCUGUACACGGUCACCAUAUCCCCUCAAAUCUGUUCUCUGAUGAUGUUUGGUUCAUAUGUAAUGGGGUUUGCUGGGGCCAUGAUCCACACAGGGUGUACGAUGAGGCUCAUCUUUUGCGACUCCAAUGUCAUCAACCAUUACAUGUGUGACAUCUUCCCACUGCUUCAGCUCUCCUGCAGUAGCACCUAUGCCAGUGAGCUGGCGAUGUCUAUUACUGUGGGCACAGUUGCUAUCGUAUCAAGCAUCAUUAUCUUACUCUCUUAUGCUUUGAUUCUUUUCAAUAUCCUUCACAUGUACUCAGCUAAGGGUUGGUCCAAAGCCAUCAGUACCUGUGGCUCCCACAUAAUAACUGUUGGUCUAUUCUAUGGAUUUGGGCUGCUUACUCAUGUUAAGUCAUCAUUUGAUGGGGCUAUGGGUCAGGGGAAGUUUCUCUCAGUGUUUUACACAAAUGUGGUACCCAUGCUGAACCCCCUCAUUUAUAGCCUCAGGAACAAGGAUGUCAAACUUGCUCUAAAGAAAACCCUAAGCAGAAUUACAAACUGAGUAGAGCCAAUGGUGCUGCCUUAGCUCCUUCUCCAAUUGUUGAGUCUUCCUCUCCUCCUCCUGCUCGUCCUUAUCUGCUUCAUCUUGUUCUUCUUUUCCUUCUCUCCAUCUUUUUUGUAAAAUCUUGUAGGCAAGAUUUCUCC